AUGCAUGACACAUCAUUUACUGUUCAUAUAAAAGAUGAAAUUCCAACUUACAUCUUUUUUAUUGAUACUUCAGGUGGUGCUACUAAUUUGGUUGAAGCUUUAAAACUUGGAGAGGUAACCAUUACUAAUUUUUGUAUGAAUCAAAAAAAUUAUUUUGUUCUCUUGACUGAUGGUGUACCAACUGAUGAUCCUGAACCAAUUAUUCAAAAAUUAAUUUUAAAGGUAAUAUCAAUUAUUUAUAUUAAUAAAAAAUAA